CCCUAGUGUCAUUCCACACCCGUAAGACCUUCAUUCAUUUUCAGAACACAAAUUAAGAUCUUUUUGAUCAAGUCUGAGAGGUUUCUGUCUCUCCUUAGAGAUCCAACGCAACUACCACUCCAAAGUCCAGAAAGGAAGGAAAAAUGCCUCAAAUGACUCCAGUGGCUUAAACUCAAUUUUUGGAAGCAACGUGAGUGCUUUGUGCAAAAAAAAAACAAAAAAAAAACAACAUAAUUUACCACUUUAUUUACAAAAUAAUAUUAUAUCCAAAGCAUGUUUACGCAACAAUGCCAGCUCUCGCGUGAACACAACACGCAUACGUUGUGAUGCUCUCGUGAACGCGUGUUGCUGAUCAAUAUUUUUGUAAGUGGUCAUUUUUUUUUUUCGCAAACAAUGCACUCACGUCAGAGUUACAUGGAGUACUUUGAUGUCUUUUCCCUACCUUUCUGGACCUUGGAGUGGUAGUUGCGUUGGAUCUCUAUGGAGAGACAGAAACCUCUCAGACUUGAUCAAAAAGAUCUUAAUUUGUGAUCUGAAGAUGAAUGAAGAUCUUAUGGAUGUGGAAUGACGUGAGGACAUCAGUACACCAGUUGGUGGUGACAAGUGACUGUCUUUAUGAGUCUGAUGUCUUGAUAUUCUCCUUUCCUCUACCGUUUGACGAGGUGAAGAUCAUGUGACCUCCAGAAGCUUCUCUCACAGAGAGAUUUCUUGGAAGGAAUCCUUGCUGCUUAUGAAAGAACAAAAAAUGGGAGGACACCAGUGGAGACUCAUCCAGCAUUUCCUCCAGAUGACCCUCCUGCUCUCCCUCCUGUGCCCACCCACAGAGCCUGUUCCCUGGGACAACGACUCCAGCAGCGGCCCUGGAGAGGGCUGUGAGGGUUUCCAGGUGGAUGUAUGUGGUGUGUGCGCAGGAGAUGGGAGCUCAUGUGAGCUGUUCAGUGGGACACUCUUUCUUUCUGUGCUCUCUGUUGGCUACCACAAGAUCCUAGAUAUCCCCUCUGGAGCUCAACGAAUCAAAAUACAGGAAACACAGAAGACCAGGAACUACUUAGCUCUCAGAACAGCGACUGGUGAAUCAGUGAUAAAUGGUGACUGGGCAAUAGACAGGCCUGGACAUUUCUAUGCCGCGGGUACUCAGCUCACAUACAAACGGCCCAAUGAGAUACGCAGCAGAGCGGGAGAAUCCAUCACUGCUCCUGGACCAACCAAUCAGGAGCUGCAUCUCUUUGUGAUUUACCAACAGCCCAAUCCAACUGUGUAUUAUGAAUACAUUCUACCCAAAGACCCCAUCACUGACACUUAUUCAGAUGCCUAUUCUUACUCUAGUGUACUUCCUCUAGUAGAGAGUCACGUAAUAUUUCCUGAUCCUGAGAAUAGUGACAGUGAAAGUUCAAUGGGCAGCCCUCAUCCUAACCAAGUUCCAACGGACCCUAUAACACCUGAACCAGUUCCUCAGUACAGCUGGGUUGCCAUGACAACAACACCCUGCAGUGCCACCUGUGGAACAGGAAGUCGUCAAGUUCUGUUCAGCUGUGUGGAAAGGGCAACUCAAACUACUGUACCGGGGGAUCUCUGUAGCUACACCAGUCAUUCUGGCCCCCAGGUAGAAGAGUGUCAAUCGCAGCCUUGUCCAGCCUUUUGGGAUGUAGGGGAGUGGUCUGAAUGCAGUAAGACCUGUGGUCCAGGUUUCCAGUAUCGUCAGGUGAUUUGCCAGCGGACGCAGGGACACCAUGGCAAUAGCACAGUCGUCGUGGCGACCAGCCAAUGCGAUAACACAGAAAUGCCAGAGACGACCACUGUGUGCCAGCUCAAGAUCUGCAGUGAGUGGCAGAUCCGCUCAGAUUGGACAGAGUGCUCGGUGCCAUGCGGAGUAGGUCAGCGCAGAAGAGAAGUGGUGUGUGUGGAUAACCUGGGUGACAUCGUUUCUGAUGAGGAAUGCAACAUGGCCCUUCGCCCACAGGACCUGCAGAACUGUGACAAAGGAGUGUGUGCCAGCAGCUGGUUCUAUUCUCUCUGGAGUGAGAGGUGUUCUGCAGACUGUGCGGAAGGAAGUCGCAGCCGGUCAGUGGUGUGUAUGAUGAGUCAGACAAACUCACUGCCACUGGACAACUGCGAUGAGGAGGAUAAACCCGACGAACUCAUGCCGUGUGACCUUGGCCCCUGCACACAGCGACUGGAAUGGUACACAGGAGCGUGGGGACAGUGCUCAUCUGAAUGUGGCAAUGGUACCCAAAGUCGAGGUGUGGUCUGUGUUGUCCAAAACAACGGCCAAUUAGAAGUCACCUCAGAUGACCGCUGCUCUCAUCUGCCCCGUCCUCCAAGUGGACAGACCUGCUAUUUGAGGAGUUGUGGUGCGCAGUGGUACAUGACAGAGUGGAGCUCGUGUUCUCGUUCUUGCGAGGGAGGCUUUCGAGUGAGGGAGGUACGUUGUUUGCGAGAUGAUCAGACCACAAGCCAUGACUGUGAUCCUGCCCUUGAACCUGCAAAUCAAGAGAAGUGUAACACACACACCUGCACACCACAGAUUGAUGAGUCCUGCAGAGAUAUGUACUAUAACUGUGUGGUGGUGGUCCAGGCUCGUUUGUGUGUGUACUCAUACUAUCGCACCACAUGUUGUGCAUCAUGCUCUCGGGUCAUUCAGAGAGACACACUGCAUAGAAUCAGGUGAUCCCGCCACCUUCUUGGGAUGUGACAUCAGCGCUCUCCUUUCCUUGAAUUAUGAUGUCCUUGUCUCAUCAUGACACCAUGGCCCACCUGCUUUCAGCUGGAUCUGACCCUGAGAUGACAUCACUGUUCAUCACCUCUGUCUUUUACGUCAAAAGACUUUAAGUAUACAUUCACUGCCCUUCUUUUUUUAAACAAAAUGAGAAUGCUCCAUGAGCAACUGAAUAUUUAUUGCAAAUAAAAACUUCUGAGCCUCUUCAUCAUGUUCAGUAAUGUCUAAAAAUUAACAGUGAGAGAUUUCAAAAUUAAUCUUCAUAUUUCAAUGUUAAUUUAUGACUAAUAGCUUCUAAAGAUUCUGUAUGAAGUCUAUACAUAAUACAUUCUGAGGUGGAGUUUAAGCAGACUAAAUGAUUGGAGAAGUCUACUGUUUUCACCAGAAGAUCGAGUUAUGAGACUCAGACAUUACGAGGUCAAAACAUUUUUUUAAAAUUGAAACGUGCACCGAUGUUUACAAUUAGUUUUUUAACAUGCAUUAUAAGACUGGGUGAAUUUUCAUUUCAUGCAGACUUUAAAGGCCUGUUUUUAACUACUUUACAUUCUUCUAUGUGAACAGCCUCUUUUGUAUGUGAAAUGAAACAGUGCUUAUGUUGUUUGCUGAAUUUUGACAGAUUGUCUUUUUUGGACUGGGGAGGUUUUGAUUAUUUUUUUUUUUCUCUCCAAAAGAUCAAAGAUAAUGAAAUUUGUCCUGAUGCGACCCCUUUAAGAGGUUGCUUCAGUACAAGCAGAAAAGACUAGCCAGAAAUGCACACAUGCUGUAGAAUGUCCCUCUCACAGUGAUGAUGAAAACUUUCACUGAUGAUGAAAGUGAAUUGUAAAAUAAAGACAUGUGUUCCUUCA